AUGGAGAAGGCAUAUGAUCAUGUUAACUGGUAUUUCUUACUUUACUUACUUGGGAGGUGCGGAUUUUGGGUGAGAUGGUAUAUAGCAACAACGAAGUUCUCAAUUUUGGUGAAUGGCAAUCCAGUUGGUUUCUUAAACAGCUCUCGAGACCUAAGACAAGGAGAUUCGUUAUUCCCACUACUUUUUGUCAUUGUCAUGGAAGCGCUUAGCAGAAUGUUAACAACUUUAGUAAAUAAUAGAUUUGUGGAUGGAUUCUCGGUUGGUGAUCCCAAUAUGGGUAAUCUUAACACUUCUCACUUACAAUUUGCAGAUGAUAGACUAAUCUUUUGUGAGGUAGAUAAAAAUCAUAUUCAGGCACUGAGAGCACUUCUACUAUGUUUUGAAGCGGCAUCAGUGUUGAAAGUGGAUUUUGACAAAUCAGAGCUGGUGCCAGCUGGUAAUAUUCGUAACAUUCGGAAGUUGGCUAACACUCUUAGAUGUAAGGUUUCCGCUCUUCCCAUGAAUUACCUUGGCCUUCCGUUAGGGGCUGCCUUAAGGGCUAAAUCAAUCUGGGACACAGUGAUCAAGAAGAUAGAACGUAGAUUAGCAGGUUUUCGGGUUUCAUGCGAGAAAGACGCUUCGGUGGUUGAUCUUAUGGAAAUAUCUAGGGAUCAAGUCUAA